AUGAGAUUCGAUCUAAUUGCCCUCCUCGCUGCGGUGGCCGUCUCCGUGGCAGCAGCUCCCUCUUCUGUCAGGUUCGGAGCAAGCGAAUCUGGAGCUGAAUUUGGCGAGAACAACCUUCCUGGUGUCUAUGGAACCGAUUAUAUCUUCCCCGAUGCUAGCGCUAUCCAAACAUUGAAGGAAAAAGGGAUGAAUAUCUUCCGGGUGGCCUUCCUGAUGGAACGGUUGGUACCGAACUCCAUGAUAGGAGAAUUUGAUGGUGCCUAUCUAAGCAACCUGACUGCGACGGUCACAGCCAUCACUGAUGCAGGAUCCCACGCCGUGCUUGAUCCGCAAAACUUUGGAAGAUACAACGGCCAGAUCAUUUCAACUACUUCCGACUUCCAGACAUUCUGGAAGAACGUCGCAAGCAAGUUCGUCUCGAACGAGAAAGUCAUUUUCGACACAAGUCAGUACCCCCAAACGUUCAGUCGCAUCGCAGGCCUUGUGCUAACCAAAUUCUGCACAGACAACGAGUUCCACGAUAUGGACCAGGACCUCGUCCUACAGCUCAACCAAGCAGCCAUUGACGGUAUCCGUGAAGCGGGGGCAACAAGCCAAUAUAUCUUUGUCGAGGGCAACUCCUACACCAGCGCGUGGAACUGGCCGAAGGUGAACGACAACCUCAAGGAGCUCACCGAUCCCCAAAACAAGAUCGUCUACGAGAUGCACCAGUACCUUGACUCAGACGGAUCAGGCACGCGCGAGACGUGUGUGUCGACGACGAUCGGAAAAGAGCGCGUGACGGAGGCGACACAGUGGCUGAAGGCCAAUCAAAAGGUUGGGGUUCUAGGCGAAUUUGCUGGUGGUGUGAAUGAUGAUUGCAAAACGGCGAUUACAGGCAUGCUUGAUUAUCUGGGUGACAACUCGGAGGUCUGGCUCGGGGCAUUGUGGUGGGGUGCUGGUCCUUGGUGGGGUGACUAUAUCUUCGGCAUGGAACCUCCCACUGGGGUGGCGUACACGGGUAUGCUGUCGACGCUUGAGCCAUACUUGGAAUAA